AAGUGACUAGUGACUACUCCGCCAAAUCUCUUGAAAAAAAAUCCUAGAUUCAGUAUUGUGCAGUAAAAUGAUGGUCACAGCAACAGUAAUGGCGCAAGUGAUAAUGUAUGGAUCAUACACAAUGUGGUUGAUGAUGCCAUACUUGACUGAAGUUUGGAAUAUGAGCAUCAUGAGAGCUGCUGCAGUUGUUAAUUGUUUCGAUGGUGUAGUAGCCAUUCUUCCCCUUGGACUCAAAAUUAUUCUUCAUCUUAUCGGUGUUAAUUCCUUCACCACUGAUUAUUGGAUGCUUUGUUGGUGCGGUUUCUCUAGUACUUUGGGUUUGUUGUUGGUAACCAUGUCAACACCACCCAUUCUCUCAAAAGCAACUGGUACAUGCACCAAAUAUGAACCCAAGUGUAUAGGUCACACCCAAAAAACCCUUUUCUACACUGGUUUAGUUCUCUUAGCCACAGGGAUGGCUACUUGCCUAACAUCACUAAGGUCAUACAUCUUCGAAAGAACCAAAAAAAUGGGCAUAAAAACACCACAACAUAUAUGGAGAAUAAGGCAAGCACUCGUACAAUACGCGCCUAAAUCAGCCCUUGAACAAGAGCUUGUUGAAGCUAAUUCUUGUAUUAGUCCAACAACUCUAAGGACUAAAGCAUAUCAUUGGCCCAGCGAGUUUUGGCUAUAUCGUUGCAAUGGGACAUUCACUGUUCUUCUAGUAGUCUUAGUAUUUUGGGUCAUGCCUUGGUCUUUUAGGCUCGGAAUUCCCGUUAUAAUCUUGUUUAUGUCAACUAUGUUGUUCGUUGUCAAGCCAUGGUACCAAGUCCUUGAACCCGAGCAGGUAUCAAACGAUCAUACUACGAAUGACUCAUCAGAAAUAAGCAUCAAAAAGAUUGCGGAAAUUCUAGUGUAUAACUUUCCAAUGUGGUCUACAUUUGUGAUUGGAGGCCUUGUUUCUUCAGUUGGAAACACAUAUUUCAUCGAACAAGCCGGGCAAAUGGACCCAAAACUCGGGGGUUGGCAAGUCCCUACGGCCUUCUUUUUGUUAUUUUACAAGGUUGUGAACUUGAUUUGUACUAAAGUGUGUAAAGAUAAAAUCUCAUCCAACACAAAGAUAUAUAAACGGAUUGCUGCAUUUGCACUCGGAGUAUCGAUUUUAUGUUGUAUACUCGCAGCAAUAGUCGAGAAAUCAAGAUUAGACGUGGUGAAGAAACACGGAUUGAAGGACAAAACAGAUGAUUCAAUACCCUUAAGUAUGUUUCUAAUGUUACCUCAAUUUUUUCUCUUGGGAAUUUUGGAUGGUGCUUACAAUUGUUGCGUGUUUUCAUUCUUCCAAAAUCAUACUCCAAAGGGUUUGAGAAAGUACUUGAAUAGUUUAAUGCAUUUUGUGCUGGGAUUAGGGAUAUUGUGCAAUGUUUUAUCAGUGUAUUUAGUAGGGAAGAUUAGUGGUAGGGGAACAAGGCAGAGUUGGUUUCAACACACCCUUAAUCGAAGUCGUCUUGAUUACUAUUAUUGGGUUUUAGCUGUGUUAAGUACAAUCAAUCUUGGUCUUUACUUGUUAGUGGCUUUGUUUUUUCAGUCCGAGUCCGGUUCAGAGGCCGAGACUGAAAGAGAAGAAGUUGAAGAACUAGAGUUUAAGCGUUUGGAUUGGUUUGAUUUAUUGCCAUUACGUCAAUAAUCCAUAUGUACGUACCAUAUAUCUAUUCAUGGAAUAUGGAUGUAUAUGUAUGAAUUAGAAAAGGGCAAGGUGAGAUUCGAUUUUAAGACUUUGCUCCGAAAAGAUAGUACUUGCUUCAAGCUGGCAUCUUCGGUUUUUUAUUAUGACUUUUAUGCAAUAUUUUAGUCUACUUAAAAAUAAGUGAUAUUUUUUAGUUCCUUUGGUGUGUAAUAAU